GCUCUCCACUGCGCCUGCGCAGACGGUAGACAGCUGAUAACUCAUCUAUUAUGCUACUUCGCUAAAUAAAAAAUCUUCAAGAAAACUGACCGGAGCCCGUCGCUGGACGCACCGGAGGACCGAGACACAAAGUAAACACGCCUCUCUGACCGGUACCGGGGGGUUAGCGGUUAAACUGAGCCGAGGGUGUGCGGAAUGUGUCGGUGUGUUUCGGAGCCUGGCUGGCCGCUCGGCGCCUUCAGACAAAGCUCAAGCUAACAGGCUAACGGCUUAUUAGCUAGCCAAACACCGAGCGGUAACAUCUGCAAAGAUUGGAUCUGUGAGCGCAUUAAUCUGCUCGGUGUGCGUCUUAUAACAAACAAAAGUCAAGAUACCCCCUUCAACACACGCUCACAUAUCAACACGGCCGCUAUUAUUUAAUAUUAACGACAUUUACGUCUUUGGUUGUGCGAUGGGAGUUUGUCUCCACGGGGGAAACAUCGAGCUGAAAAAUCGACACCAACAACACCUGAACUGAACACACACGAACACACCUGUGUGCCCACACACACCCUCACACCACACACACCCUCACACCACAGAGGGAAUUGUUUUUUUCACCUUCAGGUCAGACACUGCCGUCCCACAGUGCAUUGCUGCGUCACCGCCGUCCACCAUGUCGGACGCCCCCGAGGCUGCGCCCCCCAGCCCCCCUACCCUUACCAACCCGGCCCCACCUGAGGUCACCAAUCCCACCAAACCUGGCAGAAAGACCAACCAGCUGCAGUACAUGCAGAAUGUCGUGGUGAAGACUCUGUGGAAACAUCAGUUUGCCUGGCCCUUCUACCAACCUGUCGAUGCCAUCAAACUCUGCCUGGCAGACUACCACAAGGUGAUCAAGAACCCGAUGGACAUGGGAACCAUCAAGAAACGUCUGGAGAACAAUUAUUACUGGAGUGCCAGUGAGGCCAUGCAGGACUUCAACACCAUGUUCACCAACUGUUAUAUCUACAACAAGCCUACAGAUGACAUCGUCCUCAUGGCUCAGGCUCUAGAGAAAAUCUUCCUGCAGAAAGUCGCUCAAAUGCCUCAGGAAGAAGUUGCUCUCCUGCCUCCAGCUCCCAAAGGCAAGAGCAAGAGCAAACCCGCUGCUGCUACUACAGUGAGCCAGCAGGCAGAGUCCUCAGCCUCCCCACCCCCCUCCUACCCCUCUCCCUCCCCCUCUCAGACACCUGUCAUCUCAACCACGCCCACACCUGUCCAGACCACGCCCCCUGUCUCUGCCCCACAGCCCCCGGCAACCAUGAUGCCGUCUGCACAGCCCGUCGUAAAGAAGAAAGGUGUGAAGAGGAAAGCCGACACCACCACUCCCACCACAUCGGCCAUCUCUGCCGGCCGUGCAGACUCUCCAUCCGCUCAGGACACCAAACCGGCCAAAUUAGGCUCGUCCCGCCGCGAGGCCGCCGCCCGACCCGCCAAGGCCCGCAGGGAGACGGUUGAGGAGGUGCCGGGGGGUGAGGUGGGAGGCGGCGGAGGGGGAGCCGGGAGGAGUAAGGGCGGUAAGCUGGGUGAGCAGAUGAAACACUGCGACGCCAUCCUGAAGGAGAUGCUCUCUAAGAAACACGCCGCCUACGCCUGGCCCUUCUACAAGCCAGUGGACGCCGAGGCCCUGGAGCUGCACGACUACCAUGACAUCAUCAAACACCCCAUGGACCUCAGUACCGUCCGGAAAAAGAUGGAUAAAGCAGAGUACAGUGAUCCUCAAAGUUUUGCGACUGAUGUCAGGUUAAUGUUCUCCAACUGUUACAAGUACAACCCUCCAGACCAUGAGGUGGUGGCCAUGGCCCGCAAGCUGCAGGAUGUGUUCGAGAUGCGUUUUGCUAAGAUCCCAGAUGAGGGCCUGGAAGCAUCGGUCCCAUCUACAACACCAUUGGUCAGUAAAAGCACCGCCUCCUCUGACAGCAGCAACAACUCCUCCUCCGACGAAUCGUCCGACUCAGAGGAGGAGCGAGCCACGCGAUUGGCUGAGCUACAGGAGCAGGUUGGUGCUGCCGACCAAUCACAGUUGAAGGCGGUGCACGAGCAGCUGGCAGUCCUGUCCCAGGCUCCAGUCAGCAAGCCAAAGAAGAAGAAAGAGAAGAAAGACAAGGAGAAGAAGAAAGAGAAGGAGAAAGACAAAGGGAACAAGGGCAAGAUGGAGGAAGAAAAGAAGCCCAAGGCUGCCGCUCAGCAGCCCAAACCAGCCAAUCAGAAGAAAGCGCCAGCCAGGAAAGCCAACAGCACGGUAACCGCCACGAGGCAACCUAAGAAAGGCAGUAAGGCGUCGGGCGGUGGCUCGGCUAAUGGAGAUGACGGUGAGGAGUCAUCGCUGCCGAUGUCUUAUGACGAGAAGCGCCAGCUGAGUCUGGAUAUAAACCGGCUGCCGGGGGAGAAGCUGGGCCGUGUCGUCCACAUCAUCCAGUCCAGAGAGCCGUCGCUGAGGGACUCCAACCCCGACGAGAUCGAAAUCGACUUUGAAACCCUCAAACCCUCCACACUUCGAGAGCUGGAGCGCUACGUCAAAUCCUGCCUUCAGAAGAAGCAGAGGAAGCUACUGCAGAAGGCAGCUGGAGGCGGGGCCUCAGGAGGCGGGGCUAGUCGUUUGAGUGGCAGCUCCUCUUCCUCCUCUGAUGACAGCUCCUCAACAGGAACCUCCUCUUCCUCCGACACAGACUGAACACACACAUACACACAGUACACGUACACAAACACACAGUACACACACACAUGUUACUGAACACACACACUGAUCACACACACAGAGGUUUAUACACACACACACACACACACACACACACACACACAGCUCAAUCUAUAAAGUUAACACAUGCAUAUAUACAUUAACGCACACAUCCAUGUAAACUUCCAUCCUGAACAAACACAAACAAAAGACAGAGAUACACACUCUGAACUUACAACACACACGCACACACACACACACACACACACGCACACACGCCCAGACUUGGAGACUGUAUGUAAAUAGGCUGCCCUGUUUUUUAGCUCCUAGUGUCGUUUUUUUUUCCUGGAGGAAUGCCGACAGAUAGAAGGGAAGAAGAAAGAAACAACUUCCCAGCGAGAGAAGAAGAAGGCAGGGAGACAUGGUAGAGAGACGGGCUGUCUGUCUGAGAGUCGUAUUGAUCUUCUCUCACACAACACUCGAGCAUCGUUGCCGUGGAGGCUUUCUUCUUCUCCUUGGACGGCCGGCUGUGACCCCUGACCUCUGAAAACAUUCCAGAAGCAUCUAUAGAGCAUCAUGGAGGAGGAGGAGGUGAUCUCAGUGGGUUUUACUCCGAUUAAGGUUUUGGAUAUUGAUUGAAUGGAAGUUGAACUUGAAGAGCUACCUUUGGUCCACAAGGUGGAAACUGCCUGUGGGACAAAGUUCGGAGCAUCAUGGGACACAUGGGAGCCAAUCAAGUUCUUACAUUAGAGUGUAGUUCACAUCUGCAGUAAAUCUGUAACCAGUGAAACUGUUUAACUUCAGAUUGGAGAUGAUCCAGUCCUGAUCAAUUAUGUUCAAACAUCAACUCUUUGCUUUUAUCACGUCCACAGAUCAACUUUAUUGGGCUUGAAACUUGCUGCAGAGAAAAGCUCUUAAAUAAUCCACUUUUAGAUCCACUCAGUGUGUUUAUUACUUUUCUUUAAAGAGUAUCUGAACUUUAAAUCCACCAGAUUAAACUGUCCAUAUGGUGAAUUUAUCAUUCUGGUCUUAGUCUGCAUUGUUCACUGUAAUGGCAGGUUUUUUUUUCUUUUUCCAGUGAAAACCCAGUUAUUCUUUUAAAGACCAAAAGAUGUCUUUAAAAUGACGGUGUUACCUCUGAUGUGUCUUUGGUCUGGUCCCAUAGACACAUACAAAACAGAAAUCAAUUCUUCCUGCUCAACACACAAGUCACAUACUGAGUCUGGAUGUCAAACUGACCUCAGAGCUGGUGUCAUAUAUGCGUCUCUAUUAUGGAGGUGUGGUAAGAGAUGAGACAGUAGUUUGGUCAGAGGUGUGUUAUGUUGCUUCUGUAGACAGCUCCACUUAUUAAAUCUGUGACAGAAGAAGAUGGUUUAAACUUGUGCUGUCAUUAGUUGUCCGCUGACUGCAGAGGCUUUGUAUCUAUUGAAUAUGUGAUGGUCAAGCUAAAAUGAGGCAUUUUGUUAUUCUUUAAUGUGAUGUAAAUCUGGUUUAAACUGGUGCUGCACCUAACAAUUGUUGUCUUUAUUAGUUAUGUUCUUGAUCUUUCAUUUAGUUUUAGAAAUAUCGGAAAAUUGUGAAAAACGUCCGUCGUAGUUUCUCAGUCUCAGGUGACGUCUUCACGUCUUGUUUUUCCAAGCAGUCCAAAACACAGAGAUUCAGUUCUUUAACGCAGCAAACGUUUUCAGAAAUGGUCUCAACUGCAUCAGCGCUCUAAUUUUAACUUUAGCUUUAACAAUAAAAUGUGACUGGGAUGGAUUUUUCUCUGCAACAACUUUCAAGUCUCUGCAGGACUUUUUUUUUUUUUUUAAUUGAAAAUCUUGGAUUCAUUUUUUAAUUUAACAGGAAGGAAAUCAAUUGAACAUCUGAUGGAUAAUUUGUAUAAUGAUCAGUUGUGAAGCUAAUCUGUGCUCUGAUUUAAAAAAAAAAAAAAAAAAAAAAAAAAAAAAAAAAAAGUUUGCUACAGGAUCCAGGUUCCAAACUCUUCUUUUACUUGAAAGUAAAAACCCUCUGAGACCAAAAACCUGUCCUCUGCUGGUCCUGCAACCCAAACCCACAACCUACUGUCUGUCCCUGGGGUCAACAGUGGGGGGUCGCAAGGCUCGGACCCAGACCCCCCCCCCAGCCAGCGCCGGCUCUGUCAGCACAGAGCAAGACAAACUUUUUUUUAACACUACAUUUCCUUUAUUUUUCUGUUUUUUGAUUUUUCAGGUUGUGUGCUGAACUUGUUUGUGUCUUAUAAGGUUCUCUAUAUAAAAAAAAUUUCUUUGUACCGCUGUCCUCUUCAACCCCCCCCCCCCUGCCAAAAGAAAACCACUCAUACUGUAACAGCCCCCACCCCACGGAUACUUCCUGUUAGACUUGGACUUCACCAAAUGUAAGGAAGAGUUUUUACAUUUAUUAUUUUAGCGAUUUUCAAACUUACACAAAAUUAGUAUAAGAAAAAACAAUCUGCUUGGAAAAAUAGGUUUCCCAAAAAGAAGUUGCAAGAGUGUAAAAUAAAUACAAUGUCUUUUUACAAAUUGAGAGAAAAACAGCUUAUUUAUUAUUGGUUAUUUUUAUGAUUAUUUACUGCUUUAAAUGUCCAAAAUAAAGACACACUCAUGAAGGCAGAUAUCACAUUCUCUGAUCAGACAAAAAAAUAUUUUAUUUCUCAAUGUUAAGUAAAGGUUUUAAUCUAUAGUUGAUGAUUUAAUGAUUUGAUGAUUUAACUUUGGGAAUUAUAAGUAUCAAUAUUUUAUUUACUGUAAACCAGUUUAUAAAGUAAUUGUUUUAUCAUACGUUUUAAUUUUUUUAAAUGAAGUUGAUCUGAUUGGCUGCAGCAGCCCUGUCAGUAAAAACAAAAUGUAUUUUUGUGAAGAAGCCACAUUGUGUCUGUGGUGACACCACAACUUCUUAAUCACCUUGGUUUGUUGGAGUUGAGCCGCAGGAGGCUUCUUUAAGUUUGGGAUGCAGCCGACGCCUGUCAGCACUCUGGUAGAUGUCAGGCUGGUUGUUCUGGGCCUUGACCUUUGACCCCUGAUAUCUGGGCCGGUGUUGCAGUGCUUUCUGUUACUGGAGGAUUUUCGGUCUCCAGGGGGUCAGGUUGAGUUAAAGGGGAAACUCGAAUAUACGGUAAAACAAACUUCAACACAAGACUGAACUCCAUGCUCUGCUCUGAUUGGUCGGUUAAAGGCUGUGAUGCUGGACACCUGAAACCUCACAGGAAAGUUUCUUGUGGCAGAAAGUUAGAAUUUACAAUUUUCCACCAUGUUUUGAACUCAACAUAGUCAGAUGGGAGGGGGGGUUCGUCACUUUGUUUUUUGUCUUUAACCACCGUGUUUAUGUGUCAAUCUGGUUUCGCUGCAGUGCUGCUGAUCAGAUCAAUCAGUCAAUCAGGUUGAACCAAUCAGAUUAAAUCAUUUGACUUAUCUCAAACACACAGCUCACCUGUAUGUCUGCCUGUCUGUCUCUAGUCUGUUGGUUGCUUGCUGUUGGUUAAAAACAAACGCCUCCUGUUGAUGUUUGUCCUCGUAUUAGACUUUUGACCUUGGCAUACACAUGAAUUAGCAGUGACGUGCUGGGAACCUCAAACCUGACUUGUCAUAGAUACAAACCAGGACUUCAUACGUCCACACCUGUCAGGCCCUUGAGUCUUUAAGUCUGGAUAUGUAGGUUUUUAUUUUCAGACCUUGAGGUGCAGCCUGUGUUGAAUAAUGAGCCUUUUUUUGUGUGUCUCGGACUGUGUUCUGCCUCCUCUGAUUAGUCGAGCCUCACUUGUCUGUAAACUAAAAGCUUCUGAUUUGUAUUGAUUUCGUAGUUAAAUAUAUUGAAUACUUGUUGAUUAUUGGUUAACAAUCUGUUCAAGUUCAGCAGCUUCACAACCGGACAGAGAACUUGGAAGUUGUAACAACUGAUUGAUUACUUGUUUAGAUAGGAAUUAAUCUGACAAUUCUGAUGGAUUGGUUUCAUUUCUCAACUUUAGCUUCAACGAUCUUUCUGAUUUUCUCCGUUUCAUCUCAAACUGAAUAUGUUAGUCGGACAAACAAAUCUAGUUUUCGAACAGAUGGUUUAGUCGUUUGUGAUUUUUGAUGUCGGACUGAAAAAAGCAUGUUGAGGAAACUAAAAACGGACAUCUGGUUUUAUUUUGGACAUUUUACAGACCAAUCAAUAACAAUAAGUAAUGAUAAAUGCACACAUCUCCCUUUGUGACAGACAGACAGACAGACAGUGAGACAGCUCGUUGCCACAGAAACCCUCCUCUGUUUUUAGUUGAUGGUCGAGCUUUGAUGCUAAUAGUUAAUUUUUGUAUUUUAAUAAGAAAAAGGAAAAAAGUGAUUUUAUGUAUUUGCAUGCACUCCGGCCGUACGUUCUUUCUUCCGUAUGUUUGAGCACUGUAUAGUAGCUGUAUAGUAGCUGUCUGGGGUUUAGAUCGAUCUCCACUCGAUAGAGUAGAGACACAAAGAGAGAGGGAGAGGACGAACUGACGAAAACCAACAAGUGAAUUAUUUGAUGUAAUUACUGAUAUGGGAUCCUUAUUUUCUGAGUUCCUUUGUUUUCAUAAAUAAACACAUAAACUGA